UUCACUCUUCUGACCCUCGACAUGUCAAACAACAACGCCAGCAGCAACUUGGUCGUCGCUCAGAGAGUAGUGAAACAGCUGCGUUUGGAGGCCAGUGUCCGUAGGAUCAAGGUGUCUCAGGCUGCAGUGGACCUGAAGAACUACUGUCUGCAGAACGCUCACCAGGACCCUCUCCUGAUGGGGGUCCCCUCCAGUGACAACCCCUUCAGACCCCCCAAGUCCUGCAGCCUGUUCUGAGGUAGCCUAGAACACCUUUGUCCUCUCUCCUCCUCUUCCUCCUCUUCUCGGCAGGUCCCCUCCAGUGACAACCCCUUCAGACCCCCCAAGUCCUGCAGCCUGUUCUGAGCAACAGUCAGUGUAUGGAGGAGGAGUUGUUGCUGUAUGUCCUAUGAGGGACCCUUCCUCUUCUCUCUCUACUGCUGGUCCAUUUGUGUGUUGCAGCUAUCCCAAUGUUAACCUCUAGCCUGAUCCCAGAUCUGGCAUGCCAAGGCACGACAAUGACCAAAGAUGUUGGCAAGACCGCACAAACAGAUCUGGUACCAGGCUAGACAGUCCAUGUAUUCAGAUAAAGCCUAGUAGUGCCAUUAUACAUGUAUGUUCAGGCUGUUGAUGUGAUAUCCUAUUUGUUAUGAUGAUCAUGAUGAUGACAUUGUAUUAGGGUUGUAACUUCCUGAAAAUUCCACAGUUUUCCAGAAAUUCCUGUUGUAAGAUUCCUGGAAUCGGGAGGGAAUAAGCAGAAAACCCAGGAAUCUUCUACUGGAAUUUCUGGAAAAUCUGUCAAGUUUUGUAAAGUUACUGUACUUCUCCAACCCUACAUUGUAUCUAUGCACUGUACUUUCCACCAGUAUGAUAUCAGCCUCUGACAGGCAGACAGCCAGUGAAUGUGCCUUUGAGGUUGACUCCCAAAUAGCACCCUAUUCCCUAUAUAGUGCACUACUUUUGACCAGAGCCCUAUAGUGCAGUAUAUAGAGAAUAGGGUGUUAUUUGGGAUGUAACUUGUGUGUCCGACGACAUGUACAGCACAAUAAGGAAGUGACCAACCGUUGAAUGUUUUAACCAGGGUACGUGUUGAUGUUUAGCCUACAGUUCUAGCCGAUUGGCCUACAUGCUGUCUUGUCACCUUCUAUUGUUUGUGUUCCACAUGCAGUAUACUUCCUGGUACAAACUACCACAUGGUACAGGUUGACAUUAUCAACCCAGGGAUCCAGAACCAUAGAAUUAGAAUCUAGAAUUCAUGCGGAACACUAACCACAUAUACCCAGUUGUACUCUACACAAGAGACUGGCAGUUACAUGUUUCUUUUAAACUUUCGUCGACCUAUUUUAUUUAAGAUUUUAUGAAAUAAUCAGCCUUUUUAUCGAAGGGUUCGUUCAUUCGGUUGUGAUGAUACUGAUGUGAUCUUAAAUGUUACAUUGUUGUGCCCUCCUGUACCUUUUUUUAGGAAGCCACUCCUGUCCUUGGCCUUUUUCCCUGGAAAUACUCAUGUCCUUCUCAUGGUUUUCCACUAGCCUACAUUCAGUCACCGAUAACACUAUAGCAUGGUUUUCCACUAGCCUACAUUCAGUCACCGAUAACACUAUAGCAUGGUUUUCCACUAGCCUACAUUCAGUCACCGAUAACACUAUAGCAUGGUUUUCCACUAGCCUACAUUCAGUCACAGAUAACACUAUAGCAUGGUUUUCCACUAGCCUACAUUCAGUCACCGAUAACACUAUAGCAUGGUUUUCCACUAGCCUACAUUCAGUCACCGAUAACACUAUAGCAUGGUUUUCCACUAGCCUACAUUCAGUCACAGAUAACACUAUAGCAUGGUUUUCCACUAGUCUACAUUCAGUCACAGAUAACACUAUAGCAUGGUUUUCCACUAGUCUACAUUCAGUCACAGAUAACACUAUAGCAAAUGGGAACGUAUUUAACUAAGACAAAACACUCAUUUCCAUAUGCCACAGCUGGUGCUUCAGCUUGUUUCAGGUUACUGUUGAGCCACAUCACCAUGACUGUCCUUUUUCUGAUUCCAUCAGCCUACAUCACAGUGUAUUUUUAUCGUUGAUCUGUGAGCGUGGAACUGUCCGGCCUCGCCACCGGCCUCGCCACCGGCCUCGUAUGAGGAGUUUUAAUCUGAUAUACUGUCCAUCCUCUGUGCCUGAACUUUGUAACUGUGUUAUACUGUCCAUCCUCUGUGCCUGAACUUUGUAACUGUGUUAUACUGUCCAUCCUCUGUGCCUGAACUUUGUAACUGUGUUAUACUGUCCAUCCUCUGUGCCUGAACUUUGUAACUGUGUUAUACUGUCUAUCCUCUGUGCCUGAACUUUGUAACUGUGUUAUACUGUCUAUCCUCUGUGCCUGAACUUUGUAACUGUGUUAUACUGUCUAUCCUCUGUGCCUGAACACUUUGUAACUGUGUUAUACUGUCUAUCCUCUGUGCCUGAACUUUGUAACUGUGUUAUACUGUCUAUCCUCUGGGCCUGAACUUUGUAACUGUGUUAUACAGUCCAUCCUCUGGGCCUGAACUUUGUAACUGUGUUAUACUGUCCAUCCUCUGGGCCUGGACUUUGUAACUGUGUUAUACUGUCCAUCCUCUGGGCCUGAGCUUUGUAACUGUGUUAUACUGUCCAUCCUCUGUGCCUGAGCUUUGUAACUGUGUUAUACUGUCCAUCCUCUGUGCCUGAACUUUGUAACUGUGUUAUACUGUCCAUCCUCUGUGCCUGAACUUUGUAACUGUGUUAUACUGUCCAUCCUCUGUGCCUGAACUUUGUAACUGUGUUAUACUGUCUAUCCUCUGUGCCUGAACACUUUGUAACUGUGUUAUACUGUCUAUCCUCUGUGCCUGAACUUUGUAACUGUGUUAUACUGUCUAUCCUCUGGGCCUGAACUUUGUAACUGUGUUAUACAGUCCAUCCUCUGGGCCUGAACUUUGUAACUGUGUUAUACUGUCCAUCCUCUGGGCCUGGACUUUGUAACUGUGUUAUACUGUCCAUCCUCUGGGCCUGAGCUUUGUAACUGUGUUAUACUGUCCAUCCUCUGUGCCUGAGCUUUGUAACUGUGUUAUACUGUCCAUCCUCUGUGCCUGAGCUUUGUAACUGUGUUAUACUGUCCAUCCUCUGUGCCUGAACUUUGUAACUGUGUUAUACUGUCCAUCCUCUGUGCCUGAACUUUGUAACUGUGUUAUACUGUCCAUCCUCUGUGCCUGAACUUUGUAACUGUGUUAUACUGUCCAUCCUCUGUGCCUGAACUUUGUAACUGUGUUAUACUGUCCAUCCUCUGUGCCUGAACUUUGUAACUGUGUUAUACUGUCCAGGCACAGAGGAUGAACUAUGUAACUGUGUUAUACUGUCGAUCAUCUCGGUGUUUCCAACCUAGUAAAUCACAAUGACCACUA